GGAGUAGAAAAAAGUUUGUAUACUGUUAGAGUGAUCAAGUACCCAGAAGAAGAUAAAUUAUUAAAUUACUUUAUUAAUUUGACCCUCAACAUUUAUUUGUGGAUGAAAUGGAUCCCAUGAGCUGAGUUACAUAUUGUUAUUAGUCAUUCUUGAUGAGAACCCAAAGUUUUAAGGUCUUGUGGUUAGGCUCUCUCUCUCUCUCUCUCUCUCUUCCUUUUCUUUCUUCUUUUUUCUUUGAGAGAGAGAGAGUUGGCCCUUGGCUUAUCGCAUAUAAUUUCCUUUCUUAGAUUGAAUAAUUUUGAUGUUAUAAGAUUAACAAAAGAAUCAAAUGUGAAUGGUUAGUUUUUGCACAACCCCUAACAUUUACCUAACAACAUUUUGCUACGAGGGGACAUCUAACGUGUCUGAUUCUGCAACUAGUACUUCUAUUAUAUGCUUGUAAGAUGGUCACCAGGUUUUAUUAUUAGGCCAUAUAUGGAUCUGAUUACAUUCAUCGAAGACAGUUGGUGCUGGCCUGAUGGAUUGUUGGGAAGACAACCAGGGCGAAAGCCCUCGUGCAUUGUACAUUAAUUUAUAGGUUAAUGCAUCACAGACAUAAUCUGAUUCCUAUCACCUGGAAAUCAGACUAAAGAAGAGAAAUGAGCAGAGCUUGUCUGGAAAAAUCAUUACAAGAGCCAUUUUGCUAGCCAAGACCCAUAUUGACAUCACAUGGGAAGCACAGGUGGCCAAGAUUCUUGGUGUCUCCCAUCUUCUCCAGAGGUGUUGGUUUAUAAGCAAGAGGACUCCAAGGACUAGAGCCAAAGCAUCAUCCUUCUCUCUCUAGUUUUCUCUUCUGAUACAAACAGAGAAACCACUGCAAAAAAAAGAAGAGCAAGAAUGGCUGCUGUGGUGCCAGACCAAUGCGUCCGACUUCGAUCCAUCAGCAUGCCAUCCAGAUCCCACCCCCUUGCCCUCCAAGUUGAAGAAGAGUUGCACAAGCUAAAGACUUGUGUAGCUUCAUCCUCUUUAACAAGCCAGAUGACGGGAGAUGCAUUGAGAGGUCUAGGAGAUUUGUACAACUGCAUGGAGGAGCUUCUUCACCUGCCACACAACCAGCAAUCCCUCUCCCAUCUCCCACAGAAGAGAUGGGUGGAAGAGGAACUGGAUGGAUCUGUGAGGUUGUUGGACUUGUGUGGUGCCACAAGGGACAGCCUGGUUACAAUGAAAGAGCACAUCCAAGACCUUCAGCUAGCUCUUCGAAGAAGAGGAGAUGCAGCUAUCCAAAGCAAGAUGUAUGCUUACAUCCACUUCGGUAAGAAGGCACAGAAGGAUCUCAAGAAUUGUGUAAGAUCAUUGAAGAAAACGGAUAACAGAGCUGCGUCCUCUUCAGCUGUCAAUAUGGAUUCUGAGCUAUCAAUGGUGGUUCAGGUGCUGACAGAAGCAAAGGAGAUCAGCAUUUCUCUACUGAAAUCUAUCUUAUCUAAUUUGUUCAUGGCAAGGUCAAGACCAAAGGCUAGCAGGUGGUCUUUAAUUUCAAAGGCUUUGCAGAAGAAGAAAAUUGAUUGUGAGGAGCAUGAAAAUACGAGUCACUUAGAGGCAUUGGAAGUCACCAUUGGAGAUCUCGAGACUGGAUUAGAAUGUCUGUUCAGGCGACUAGUCCAAAAUAGAGUCUCCCUUCUUAACAUCCUCAGCCUAUAGAAAUCUUAUGAGACCUUGUUACCAUACAGACACUGCUAUUUGCAUCCAAUUUUUGAAGGAUUUGCUAGUGACUUUGUAAUUGAUCCAAUUUCGUAGAUGAGUUGGAAUGUAUAGCAUACUGUUCUUAAUCAUAUCAAGAAAUUCAAAUUUCAAUA